UUUUAAGGUGGACGUGUCAGUCAGCCAAAAGUCAAUCAAUUUCAAUAGAAAUCGUAUUGUUGAAAUUGAUGUAUGAGAAAUCUUUUAUUGAAUAUUUAGGAUAGUCAAUAAUUUUAUCUCAUAUUAAGAUGCCGACAACGGCUGAGACUAAACACAGCAAUGGUCGCAAUAAAGGAAUAUUUAACAACACGACCGGCUUUAGUACUCUCAUCACGGUUACAGUUUUGUCACUGGCUUGGUUGGCCGGUUUUGCAUCCCGGCUUUUUGCUGUAAUACGUUUCGAAAGCAUCAUUCAUGAAUUUGAUCCUUGGUUUAACUAUAGAUCGACGGCGUAUAUGGUACAGCAUGGUUUCUAUAACUUUUUAAAUUGGUUUGACGAGAGAGCAUGGUACCCUCUAGGUCGCAUUGUAGGGGGUACAGUUUACCCUGGUCUUAUGAUCACAUCAGGGACCAUCCAUUGGAUACUGCAUACACUUAAUAUACCAAUACACAUACGAGAUAUAUGUGUGUUUCUUGCACCAAUAUUCAGUGGUUUAACAGCAAUAGCUACUUACCUGUUAACAUCUGAGCUAUGGUCCCGUGGUGCAGGUCUCUUUGCUGCAUGUUUUAUAGCAAUAGUACCAGGCUACAGCAGCAGGUCUGUAGCAGGGAGUUAUGAUAAUGAGGGCAUAGCUAUAUUUGCACUACAGUUUACUUAUUAUUUAUGGUUGAAAAGUAUAAAAAGUGGAUCAAUUUUCUGGUCAAUUUGUACAGCUCUUUCAUACUUUUAUAUGGUCUCAGCAUGGGGUGGUUACGUGUUCAUUAUCAAUUUAAUACCUUUACAUGUCUUUGUAUUACUUAUUAUGGGACGGUUCUCGCAAAGGUUAUUUGUCAGCUAUACUGUCUUUUACAUUAUUGGACUAUUGCUGUCUAUGCAGAUUCCAUUCGUAGGAUUCCAACCAAUCCGCACAAGUGAACACAUGGCUGCUUCAGGUGUGUUUGCACUUUUGAUGGCCGUAGGUGCAUUAAAGUAUUUACACAGCCUGAAUCCGAAAGGACAAUGGAAACAAUUGCUUAUCUUGGGGGGUUUGGUAGCUGCCGGGACUGUGUUCUUGGCUGUGGUUCUCCUUACAUAUAUGGGGGUAAUUGCUCCCUGGAGUGGAAGAUUUUACUCCCUAUGGGAUACAGGUUACGCAAAGAUCCAUAUCCCUAUCAUAGCUUCGGUAUCUGAACACCAGCCGACAACAUGGUCAUCAUUUUUCUUCGAUUUACACGUACUUGUGUGUACAUUCCCUGUUGGACUUUGGUAUUGCAUCAAAAAUAUUAAUGAUGAGAGAGUUUUUGUGGCCUUAUAUGCUCUAAGUGCUGUUUACUUUGCGGGUGUGAUGGUCCGACUGAUGUUGACUCUGACGCCUGUAGUGUGCGUUCUGGCAGGCAUCGCCUUCUCUAUAUUGCUCGACUUGGUGCUUAAAGAGGAUGAAAUGCAGACGGCGCCCGUUGAAACAGAAGACUCGAAAAACUUGUAUGAUAAGGCGGGUAAACUGAAGAAGCGUACCCCGGAGCCAGUUCCAGCCGCAGACUCCGGUCUGGGUAUGAACGUUCGCUCGGGCACACUCAUCGCCUUCAUGAUCCUGCUCAUGUUGUUCUCCGUGCACUGCACCUGGGCCACCUCUAACGCCUACUCCAGUCCUAGUAUCGUUUUGGCCAGCUACGGUAACGACGGCUCUCGCAAAAUACUAGACGACUUCAGGGAAGCUUACGGCUGGCUGUCACAGAAUACCGCUGAAGAUGCUAGAAUUAUGUCCUGGUGGGAUUAUGGCUAUCAGAUCGCCGGUAUGGGUAACAGAACGACUUUAGUCGACAAUAAUACAUGGAACAAUUCCCACAUAGCUCUGGUCGGGAAGGCUAUGGCUAGUAAUGAGAGUGCUGCCUACGAUAUAAUGACGAUGCUGGACGUGGACUACGUGCUGGUGAUCUUUGGCGGCGCUAUCGGUUAUUCUGGAGACGAUAUCAACAAGUUUAUUUGGAUGGUCCGCAUCGCUGAGGGAGAACACCCUAAGGAAAUUCAUGAAGCCGAUUAUUUCACAGAGAGAGGAGAAUACAGAGUAGAUUCUGAAGCUUCUAAAACAAUGUUAAAUUGUCUCAUGUACAAAUUAUCAUAUUAUAGGUACGACAGCGGCGGCAGCCCGGCGGGCUACGACCGCACGCGCGGCGCGCUGCCCGGCCACCGCGGCUUCCAGCUCACCUACCUGGAGGAGGCCUACACCACCGAGCACUGGCUCGUGCGGAUAUACAGAGUUAAGAAACCUGAUGAGUUCAAUCGGCCGAGAUUGCCAUUGGCUAAGCGGACAAUACCGACCAGCAACAACUUAUCAAAGAAGCCUGCUUACGAUCUAGGACCGAUGACAUCAAAGAGAAGAAAAGGUCUACUGAAGAAUAAACCAACUCUCGUCAAGGGCAAGAAGAUGACGAAGCUGGAGUGACGCAGCUAAGAUACGGCCUCCGUCAGUGGUGACGAUGCUGUGUUCAUUACUUAACUAUGUUCCCCAGAUAUUAAAACCAGUCUAAUUAUUUCCUACGUUUUAUUAUCUGUAUCGUUCCGCUGAGAGCGAGUUCUUACUGUUCUUGUUGACGCAUUGUAAGGAUUUAAUGAAAUUUUCGCUAUGUAUGUUUCAAAAUAAUAAUAUUUUCGUAGUGUACAUUUGACAAGAUUGUUGAAUUUCUAAAGUAUAUUUUUAAAUCGCAAACGCCUGAUCAAUAACUGGUAACAUUUUUCCUGAGUGACUUAAUUUUUUUUAUUUGAAUUCAGAAACAAAAUAAUAUAAUUUAAAUUCGAAUAUUUAAAUAUAAAUUAAUGAAUAAGUAGCACGUUACCACUGACGCGAAUAUUAGAUCUAUGACUGACACCAAUUCUUUAUAUAUGUAUAUGUAGACUAUUAGACUAAAGGCGUUUCUUAAAUUUUUAGAUGAAUACGUUUUAAUUUAUUUACGCGCCGAUUACAUGGAUACUGGCACAUAUUUUUUUUUCUUUAAUUUUUGUUUUUUAUUAUUCGAAAGAUAACCUUUUUUAGGAGCAACGGGAUAGAAUCUAAAUACAUCACUAUUUUCUAAUCACCAAAAAAAAAUUAAUGAAUGAGAAACGUAUUAAAUAUCAAUGAAUUACAUAUGCAUUCAGAUAAAUAUUUUAUAAUAUUAAUGCCACUUGCUCGAUCAUCACAAUUUCUCAGUAACUUGUAAUACGUGAGGAAUGGAAAUUUAGCUAGCAUGUUCCCUUUCAUGAGUCUGGGGUGGAGUCAUAGCGUUUGUCGAGUGGAUUGUACGAAACUAAAUUUCCAGAGAAGAUUUGUCAUUAGACUUGUGUUGCUGUUAAGUAUAACUCCCAUAACAAAAAUCUAAUUUCUAUUACAAAGACAAGAGAUUUAAAUUAUCAUUCCGAAAAUUCAAUUCCAAUAUGAUUGAUGAUGAGGGAAUUGGUUGACAGCGUCAAUCCUCAAAACAUACUGUUAUCAACUACGAAUCCAGCAAGCUCGUCAUACAAUAUACAUUUUUCUUUGUGAUUGUAGCCAAGGGACUUAAGAUGUAAAACUGAUUACGUUUUAAUGAAUAUCUUUCCUUCAGUAUAACAGACAUCAGACAUUGACUUCUUUUAAGGAUAUCAAAUUAAUGUUUGUUAAUUUCAAACAGAAGGGAUUGUAGUUGAAAUAUGUAUUCAUUGUAUCUAUAACACCCUUUAAGGAUUUAAUUUUAUGCUCUGCGAAGCGGGUGGAUUGCUAUCCAUGUUAGUAGUUAUAUAAGGGACGCUUGAUAUUUAUAUAGUAUUACAUAUUUUUAUGGUCCGCCCUGACUUCGCACAAGGAAAAAGGGCUUAAGUUCCGUAUAAUAUUGCAUGAAGUUCUUAAUCAAACGGAUUGUAUGUCAUUUUGAUUCUUAACAAAUCGUUUUCAGACUAUAUAUGAAAAUUAUUCGUUUAUUGUAGCCAAAUGUCCAUGUUGCGGUGUCUUACCUGAUGUUCAAAGAGGGUAUCGUGUUUGUAAUUGCUACGUCCAUUUAUAUAAUAUUUAAAUAGUUUUAAAUAUUAUAUUAGAAUUAUUUAACGCCGUGUCUAUUGAUCCCAUUUUUGAUGAUUGAGGUAUAUAAUGUUGCCAGAUAAUAUAUCAUUAACAAUUAUGUUGAGAAAGUAAUAAAUUUUAAUUAUUAUAUUAUUGUUGAGUUAUGUUUUCUAAUACUGUUAUUGAAUUUCUCGCAAAAAUUAAUGUUCUCAGAAUAAUAAAAAAGCCAUAACCAAGACUAGAAAUUUUAAGUUAAUAUUUUGCAUACAUCUGGCAGCGUUAACGUUACUUUAACCUCGCUUUGUUAUCAUCGAUUAUCUUAAUAUUAUUUAUCAGAAGAAAUAAGAUUAAAAAAAAAAUGUAAUUCUAAGACAGGUUAAUGUAAAAUAAUAUUUUUGGGACUUAUAUUGUUAAAUAUAAUGUAAAAAUAACACCAAGAUUUAGGUACGUGUUGGCCAACGACUUGGUUUUUAAAUACCGAGUAAUAUAUAUCGACAAUCACUACGAAUUAAGUUUGCCUCACACGGUUUUGUGAACUAUAUUUAUUUUUUAGUUAUGGAUUUAAAGUACAAAAAAAAAAAAAAAACAACUUAAAUAAGCGUUUUCAUUACAUCGUAAUAUUUAUAGGAUUAUUAUCUUUGGACAGAUGAUUCAAGUAACGUUUAAAUACAUUAGUGAAGUCUAUGCACAAGUUUUUCAUUUAAUAUAAGAAUUAUAAUUAAUUUGCGAAAAUGAAAAUAUAUUAUGAAACCGUUUGAGGCACUCAUAAUUUAAUAUAUUACUCAUAUAAUGUUGGCCAGUAAUAUUGAUAGGUGUCGUCUAGUUCAUAAUAAUGUCACAUGUGUUAGGUAGUGAAUUGUAUUUUAAAGGCAAUUAUUUCUUGUGUCUUGGUCAAAGUAUUGUCCUGUGUAAGUGAAGAUGUUAUGUGUUUUAAUUUUAUUGUUGCCCAGCACUUUUGUUUGUUUUUUUUUUCGUAUUUUCUAACAGAGGUUUAUGUUGUGUAUUAAGGUUUCAUUGUAGUUUACAAUGUUCUUAAUAAACAGCUAAAAUAUAA